AUGAGCAGACCCAUUGACCCCUCAAGUUCCCAAACGGGUGCUUCAGGCCCUCCUUCUAGCGUGAGUGAUCCGUGGGACUGGCCAUACAACAAUCGUCCGCUGGAUGCAGGUACCACUUUCAAGUCCGGUGGCAUGCGGGUGACCAAGCAUGAUUAUAAGAUUGGUCUGCUGAAACCUAUCUGUAAGGGUGUGGACUCAGGAGGUACUGCAGAGGUCAUCAGUAGAAUGAGAGUGUAUGCUAGACCAGGAGGCUCUACAUCACAGUUAGUCUUCAUCUUGAAAUAUUGCAAGGCUGGCUUGGAGGAGGGACCCUCGCUUGCCAUAUUCUCAGGGAGCACACCCGCAAUCGAAGAAAUUUUUGUAUCACCCCAAGAGAUCACCGCUUUGUCCACACCAGUGACUAGAGGAAUAUUCCAACUCGAAAGGAACUUGAAACUUUAUUUUGAACCCGUACGCGGUUUGUGUCACGGCCGUCGAGCAACUUCUUCCUAA